AUGGCAUCAGCACCCGAGCCUGACCGGGCCAAGCAGCAUGGCGCUUCCAAGAGCACCAGCGAAAUCGCCUCGAUUGAGGCGAAUUCGUUUACCAACUGGGGUCAUGAAAAUGACACACCGUUGAAGACACUAAACAACCCGUUUCGCAAGCAUGGAAAAAGGCUUAACAACUUUUCGACUAACCAGAUAGAUAUACCCAAGAUUAGUAUUUCGAAUGAUACUGGACUGCGCCGUGGCCAUUCUUCGCUGAAUAUCGGCAUAGCGGUGUCGGACUGGGAGACUGUCGCAACCGAAGAUGAGGUUGACCAAGGCAAACAUUCAGUAACUUCACGUCGCAAUGGUGUCGAGCCCAAGCGCCAAAUUGAGAAUCUCAUUUCUUCUGAGAGCGGUACUCUUUUCCUGCCAGAGAGAAACUCCAUUUUCGCCACCCAGAAUGCCUCGCCAGAGGUCCAUCCUGAACACGCUCAACAGGCAUUUGCGAGUCACCCCUCCUUUUACUCCUCUUCCAGCUGUUAUAGCAACCCGAACAGAGUCGAAAGCGUCGAUGGAGAUAAUCUCGGAAACUGGAAGCGAGAGGAUGUUGAUUUGGCAAACACUCCUGUAGCAGACCAAACACUUCGCUUCGAGUUGGCUCCAGGGAAUCGACUCUCUAAGAUCGGCAACCCAUUCCAGCACGAUGAUGACACGCCUACGUCAAUUGCUAAAGGGAAAAAGCCAAUUGAACGUGUGAGUGAGACUAGCACACGACUGCCUGGUUUCGACUCUCCCUCGGCCCGACGCGGACUCGAGAUGUCCCGCAGGUCUCUGUAUAGAGGAGGUCCAUAUGACAGCUGGUCAAUCCUGGCCGGUGGGACGCCCAAUUUCCAAGGAUUCAGAGGAGAAAAUGAUCACCGUCAGACCGACCUCUCCGGCUGCUACAAGGAGCACAGUCUAAAUUGGUCUGAUGGAGUGCCGACAUCCUCCUUCCGAGGGACAGUUCCUUCCGGCACGCACUUGCCAGAUAACUCAUCAGAGGAGAAGGGCAAAAAAUUCUUUCUGGUCGUUAUGGUCCUGACCAUCCUCUUCCCGCCUGUGGGCGUACUUGCUCUCUCGGGCGUGUUCGACUCGACCAUCUCGUGGUGCACGCAUGGCGAACUAUCUGCUUUUACUCUUGACCAGCGUGGAACAUUAAAGCAGCAACUCAUUGUGGAGGCGAUCGUCUAUCCUGUGCUCAUCAUUGCUCUGGCAGUGGCGUAUUCUGUCUCUGGCUAA